AUGUCGAGCACUUAUAAAAAGAAAUCUAUUUUUAGUACAGUGCCGGAACGUUAUGAUGAAAUUUAUUUACGAUUAUCAAGACAAGGUGCACGUGUUCUUGCAUUAGGAUAUCGAUCACUUGGAAUUCUUUCUAAUCAACAGUUACGUGAACAAUAUCCAACACGUAAUUCUGUUGAAUGUAAAUUGGAAUUUUGUGGAUUUGUUGUACUUUCAUGUCCAUUAAAACCAGAUUCAAAAGCAAUGAUUCGAGAACUUCGUCAUUCAUCUCAUCAUUUAACAAUGAUUACAGGUGAUAAUCCAUUAACUGCUUGUCAUGUGGCUAAAGAAUUACGUUUUACAAAAAAACCUCUUCUUGUUUUAACUGCUCCUUCGGAUGAAUCAAAAGAAUGGAUAUGGGAAUCAGUUAAUAAAGAUAUUAGUAUACCAAUACAACCUCCGAAUCUACGUGAUUUUACUAAAGCAAAUGAUCUUUGUGUUACUGGAGAGGGUUUGGUACAUCUCAGUACAUCAUUACCAGUUUCAUUUUUCAAUUCAAUAAUGCCUCAUGUAAAAGUCUUUGCUCGUGUAUCACCAAAACAAAAAGAACAAGUAAUAAUUAAACUAAAUAAUCUUGGUUUUGUUACAUUAAUGUGCGGUGAUGGUACAAAUGAUGUAGCUGCACUUAAACAUGCACAUGUUGGUGUCGCUUUAUUAGCUGGUGUUGCAGCUAAACGUGUAGAACAACAAGAUAAUACUACAGCUUCUCCAAGUACUGUUCAAGUACCCGCAGUUCAAACAGUAACACCUCAACAACAAGUUCUUACACCAGCUGAAGCAGCUGCUCGAGCUCGAGAACAGGCUCGAGAGCAAACAAAGAAAAAAUUCGAAGAACUAUAUAAACAAAUGGAAGAACCCGAACAAACCAUUGUUCGUCUUGGUGAUGCAUCUAUUGCUGCACCAUUUACAUCACGUACAUCUACAAUUCAAUGUGUUUGUCAUAUAAUAAAACAAGGUCGAUGUACACUUAUAACAACAUUACAAAUGUUCAAAAUUCUUGCUUUAAAUGCUCUUAUAUUAGCUUAUAGUUUAAGUGUACUUUAUCUUGAUGGUAUUAAAUUUAGUGAUGGACAACAUACAUUACAAGGUCUUUUAUUAGCCGGAUGCUUUUUAUUUAUAUCACGAUCUAAGCCAUUAAAAACAUUAGCACGAGAACGCCCACUACCAAAUAUAUUUAAUCUAUAUACAUUAAUCUCUGUUCUUGGACAAUUUGCAAUACAUCUAACAGCAUUAGUUUAUGUUGUUAAUGAAGCGCAUAAACGAAUCCCACCAAAAUCAGACGAAUUUGCUGAUUUGGAAGCAGAAUUUACACCGAAUCUAGUCAAUUCAACUGUUUAUAUCAUGUCAAUAACGCUUCAAAUAGCGACAUUUGCUGUUAAUUAUCAAGGUUAUCCAUUUAUGGAAAGUCUCCGUUCGAAUAAACCACUUCUCUAUAGUAUCAUAUUUUCAUUUUCACUUGUUAUCAGUCUUAUAUUUAAUUUACUUCCACAACUUACAGAACAAUUUCAAAUUGUACUUAUUCCUGAUGAUAUGCGACUUAUUGUUUUUUAUGUUGUACUUGGUGAUGUCAUUUUGGCAUAUACUAUCGAUCGAGUUUUGGCAUAUUUUCUCGGACAAGCUAAAUUAAAACAAUAUUAA